AUGGUCCCAGGAGCCUUGGGAAGAGAAACUGUGAGCUUGGCCUCUGGGUUCCCUCCAGGGGAGAUGCUGGCGGUGAUGAACUUAGCGGUGGACCCAGAAGCCAGGCAGUGGCUAGUUGCAGCAGACCCUUGUGGACAGAGGCUAAUAGAGUUAUGGAUACCCCUCCACAGAAGUCCUGAUGAAAAUGGAUUUGCUUCACAAGUUCCAGUUGCAAUUCCCGGAGCUUUGAGAGAUUUCAGGAAGGCCAGGGAUUACACCACACUGAAAAGUACUCCCAUGCUACUGCUUUCAGGCAUGUGUAGGCAGAAAACCAGGAAGCCAUCCCCUGCUUUUGCAAAUAAGGGGAGGUCACCAGCACAGACUCCACACGUCACUGCAUGGGUUAUUCAGCAAGGGCCAGAGGUAAAUCACUUGGGGAGAGAAGCCAUCAGUCCAGCCCCUCAGUUCCCUCCAGGGCAUGCCUCACUCAGGAAGUCCCUUGGGGAGAGAAGCCAGCAGUCUACCCCUCAGUUCUCACUAGGCAAUACCCCUCUCAGCAAGGCCCUAGGUGAAGGAACCAGCCACAGGUUCCCAGAAUUGAGCUCUAAAUACUACUUCUGGCAGAUUUUUGCCUUUUGGGAAGCUGCUGUUGCAGAGCUGGUCAUUAUUAACCGCUCUUAUUUCCAAGGAUCAAGACAUCCAAGAACUUUAUUACAUUUUAUAAUGUCAGCGGUUGAUAUAGCGCAGACCUAUUCCACUAAUUCACCGUUACCAAGUGGAAUAAGAACUUGUCUAUGUUUUCCUGAAGCCCUCAUGGUAUUAGAAUUGAUAUUUGGAGGUCUGGUGUGGAUUUUAAUUGCUGCUACAAAGGUCUCGCUGCCUUUGCUGCAAGGAUGGGUGAUGUUUGUCUCUGUGACCCUCUUUGCCUUUACACUAAUACUCCUGAUACUGUACAUUCUAGGAAUCCACAAAGGCAGAUGUUCAUGGAUACUUAUGGAUGCAGUUUAUCACUGCAUUGCUGUUCUCUUCUACCUAAGUGCUGCAGUGUUACAAGCAAAUGCAACAAUAGCAACAAAGAAUAUUAAGAAGACAUACCAAGAAAAUAUUGCAGCAACAGUAUUCGCUUACAUUGCAACAUUGUUAUACUUAAUCCAUGCCAUUUUCUCUUUGUUGAGAUGGAAGAGAAGUGGAUAAAUUCCAAC